GCUCACUGAGCCAAGAUGUAUCGCCACAGAACCCUGCUGCUGCUCGCGGUGUUCUUUGUGAUGCACAUAACAACACAAAAAGUGACUGUAGAUGAGCGUUUUUUUGUGGAGAAUUGCCCGAAUAUAAAAAUUAUAACGAACCUGACCAAGGAAAUGCUUUUGGGUGUCUGGUAUGCGUUCGCAUCGUCUCCGAUAUUCUUUAACGACUAUCAGCGUAGAUGCGCCUCGUACAAUGUGAAGGACUCACCCUACUUUAAGACCAAUAUUGUGUAUUACGACGAGGAAGGUUGUCUAAUAACAUAUUCCUGUUUAUUCAACAAGAAACGGGGCAUGUACUUCAGAAAACUUCGAAUUCUCACCCGCACGCGCACCCCUACAAGCACUAUAAUGUAUAAGGCAAUGGAAUUUACAGACUCCAUACACUUUCCCAUCAAUGCAUUGCGCUGGCUAAGAGCGGAGGCAUUUUGCUUUGAAUGGUAUUUGUUAAAAUUUGAUUCAGAACGUCAGCCGAUGAGCUAUCAAGCGCCCUUCAAUCAGCACGGUCCAUUGGGACGUUAGCAGCUCGAAUUAAUUGCAUAAAUGUUCAAUUAUUGUAACAUAAUUUGCCUUACGAAUGUUAACCAUUGAAUCGCUGAUUAAAAUGAGGAAAUCGUAUAAUGGCUGAGGCCAA